AUUAUUCCAUCAAAAUGCAUUUCUUUAUCGCCACAUUCACUCUCGGCAUCAUCGAUUGUAUGCACCUUACGCUUUUGGAGCACUUUACAAUCAUCCUAUAGAAGGCUUCUUGUUUGAUUCUCUCGGCGCUACUAUUGCGUUUACAUUAUCAGGAUUAUCAAGCAUUGAUCAUGUAUGUUUACAAGUGAGCUUUGAUGAUAACGAUCUCAUGUGUCGUACAGUCGAUGACCAUUCAGGUUAUGAUAUACCAUUCAAUCCUAUACAGAGAAUAUUUGGAAAUAACGCUAUUUAUCAUGAUAUUCAUCAUCAAACAUAUGGAUUGAAAAAGAAUUUUUCACAACCGUUUUUUACCUUCUGGGAUCGCAUUUUUGGAACUUACUUGCCUUAUCAUGAAGUACCAAAAGUUUUGGAAGAGGAUUCGCCUAGAGAUAUUGCCGAUGAUGACGAUGAUCCCCAAGCCUUGAAAAAGUCUAAAACUAUGGAAUCCAGAACUUCGUCUAAAAGAUACAAUUUGAGAUCGAGAAAAAAUAUUUCCUAA